AUGUCGUUAUUUUGUCCAUUAUGCCAUAGCAUUUUAUAUUUUGAGUCAAAGGAGUACAACAACUCAAGUUUCUCGUGUUUAAGGUGUUCUUAUAACCUGCCGGUAACUAAAAACUACUACAAGGAGACAGUUUGUACUAAUGUGAAGGAGGCUGGGAAAACACUCUUUGAAGCCAAUGAAUUCCAACAUGCUCCUAGGAUUCCAGCUGUUUGUCCUUCUUGCAACAACAAAGAGGCCUACUUCAUGAGUAUUCAAACGAGAUCCGCUGACGAGCCAAUGACUCAGUUCUUUGUGUGCACAGGAUGCCUAAAAAGAUGGAAAGAAUAA